AUGGAAGUAAAGAGUCAGCGCUGCAGCGUUCAUACAAGUGAUUGCAUCAUUCAUGGAUAUUCCUACAAUUGUAUUUCUCCAGCCUUAAGAAAGGUGAUCCAAGACAUAAUUGCAAAAGAAGAAUACAAAACAUAUAAAGUUAAUAUAACGCAUGUUCCGUUAGAUGGAGGUAAUUAUUUAUCAACCUUAAUAACAGCUGAUAUCAAAGGAACAACUAAUGAUGAAACUAAAGAAGUAAAUAUAUUCGUGAAAAGAGUUUUAGACAAUUUUGACAAAUGUGAUAAUAUAUUAUCAAUACCGGAACUUCAUACAAGAGAAAUAUAUGCAUAUGAUGAACUGUUUAAAAUUUACAAGGAGCUGCAAGAUGAAGUCGAUGUUCCUAUUGAAGAACAAUUUAAUGUACCAAAAUACUAUGACUCUAGUAACUCCGAAUUUAUAAUAUUAGAAAACUUAACAAAGAAGGGUUUCUCUACUCAUAACAGAUUUCAGGCAGUACAGAAAACCUUUGCUAAGAUUUCAGUUCAAAAAUUAGCAAAAUUUCAUGCCUUGUCGUUUGUAACGCAGAAGAAAAGACCCCAAUACUUUCUUAAUAAAAUGCAGUCUAUUAAAGUACCAUAUGAUUUUAAUGAUGAAAUGCAAAAAAUAAUGUAUAAUUUUGCUCAGAUUGCGACUAAUAAUUUAGAGGGAAUAAUGAAAAAGAAAUUAGAGGAUUUUGUACCAAGAGUAAUGACUAAAAUGUCUGCAUCCAUGUGCGAUGACACGAAUGGUGAAGUGACAAAUAUAUGUCCGGUCGACUAUCAAUUCCUGCAUUACGGAAAUCCAAUUACGGAUCUAUUGUACUUCAUCUUCUCAGGAACUGAUCAACAGUUUCGAAACGAACAUUUGGAAGAUAUAAAGAUCUUGUAUUAUGAAACGAUGACAACAUUUCUCAGAUACUUCGAUAUGAAUAUAGAAGAUUACUUUCCAAGGGAUACUUUCGAAACUUUGUUUAAAGAAAGAUUAGAUUUCGGUCUUGUUGUUGCAAUCUGGUUAUUACCUCUGACUUUUGCUGCUGCUGAUGAUGUACCGGAUUUUUCGAAGACAUCUCCGGCCGACGUUCAAUUUAAAGUUGAUAAAGCACUUAAGUUCCGAUUGGAAGGGAUUAUCUGUUCACACUCUUCCAAGUCCAUCAUGACUAGCAUCAAUAGUAAGACAAGAAAACCAAGAGAAAUAAAAAACGACAUCAAAUGA